UCUCGCAGCGAUUACUCCAACCAAUGGCGCUGUGUCAGGAAAGGACAACAGGAAGUGAGUGUCCUCUGGUGUAGAAGGCAGAUGCUAAAGCGGCGGCUGCUGCUGGACAGGGGAAAGAAACCCGCGGUGUACUGGAUGAACUUCACAACCGUGCGGACUAAUUAGCUCGUCUGUCAAAUGGAGAGACGCUUACCACGCUAACAUCAGCUGCAAUUGGUUGAAAAGUCAUCAAGAUAUUCGGUCGGCGCGGCAGGAAUGCUAGCAGGCUGACGCCGGGGCUAGCGUCUAAAAAAAAAAAAAAACGCUGAAGUUAAGCUAAGCUUAUAGUGGACUGAAUUUAACUAAGGAGACUGUGGUCGUGGUCGUGGGCGAGGGCGAGGACAGAGAGAGGAAAACGCCGAAAUGAGUCAGGCUGCUACAAGGUACCGACCAGCUUAAGCGGCUAUUACAACGGUUCUGUGUUGCAAUGAGGAGCACCAGAGUCCAGCUCUGAGCGCUCAGAGGCAUGAACUCCGUUUCCCCCAGCGCAGCACAGUACAUAGGGGGAGUGAUGCAGGAUGAGCUGGUGGAGAACCGGAGGCAGCAGCCCAUGGAACGGCAGGGCAGCUUUGGCCUCAGGCCACCUCAGACGCCAGAUCCCAGCAGGGAGGCAGCCGGGGAGCCUGAUGAGAUGGACAAACUGAAAGCCAAGCUGAUGUCGGCAUGGAACAAUGUCAAAUACGGUUGGACUGUUAAGUCUAAAACCACUUUCAAUAAGAUAUCACCAGUCACUGUCCUGGGACACUCCUAUCUGCUCAACAGUGAGGAUGAGGUGGAGCGGUUUCGUUUCGCUUUUGUGUCCAGGAUCUGGCUCACGUACAGGAGGGAGUUCCCUCAGCUGGAGGGCUCCACCUGGACCACAGACUGUGGCUGGGGCUGCAUGCUGCGCAGUGGCCAGAUGCUGCUGGCACAGGGACUCCUGGUGCAUUUGAUGCCAAGAGAUUGGGCUUGGCCAGAUGCUCAGCAGCUAACCGAUGUGGACUUUGAGUUGUUCAGACCACGUUCCCCAGCUCGGGCUGGUGGGGUCCCCAUCCCUUCUUUUGGCUCCCCACGAGGAUCUAACACCCCUGAGAAAUCCCUGUCAAGCGAUCAGGUGCCCAAAUGCAGCCAGAAGAAGAGACCUGAGUGUUCAAGGGACAGACAAGCAGAGCCCAUCCACCGCAGGCUGGUCACCUGGUUCGGGGAUCAGCCCCCAGCACCUUUUGGAGUUCACCAGCUGGUGGAAAUCGGCAAAAGUUCAGGGAAGAAGGCUGGUGACUGGUAUGGCCCCUCUAUAGUGGCACACAUACUACGGAAAGCAGUAGCCGUAACCUCUGUUGUCCACAACCUGGCUGUAUAUGUGGCUCAGGAUUGUACAGUGUACAAAGAGGAUGUGGUGCAUCUCUGUGAUCCGUCACUAAGCCAGACUCCUCCUGAUCUGUCCAGCCAAGCCUGGAAGUCUGUCAUCAUACUGGUGCCUGUCCGGCUGGGAGGGGAGGCCCUCAACCCAUCUUACAUUGAAUGUGUCAAGAACAUCCUAAAUCUGGAGUGUUGUAUUGGAAUCAUCGGAGGAAAACCAAAGCAUUCACUCUACUUCAUUGGCUUCCAAGAUGAGCAGCUGCUGUAUCUGGACCCUCACUACUGCCAACCUGUGGUGGAUGUAACACAAGUCAACUUCUCACUGGAGUCCUUCCACUGUAGCUCUCCAAAAAAGAUGCCCUUCAACCGCAUGGAUCCCAGCUGUACCAUCGGCUUUUACGCCAAGAACAAGAAGGACUUUGAGUCUAUGUGUUCUGCUGUUAGUGUGGCCCUGUCAUCAUCCAAGGAGAAGUACCCCAUCUUUACCUUCGUAGAGGGCCAGGGUCAGGACUAUGGACUGGAGGGUCACGGCAGCAAUCACAGUGGACCUGCAGCCCACAUCCUGCCCCCGGGCAAACUGGGCAGGAGUAACAACAGAAGAAACAGUGACGAGUUUGUCUUCCUCUAAGGCUCUGGGGAGGAUGCUCUCCCAGCUCUCACCUGUAGGGGGCAGAAAAGGACCGGUUCAUUUCCUUUCAAAAGGAUGGACUCAUCUGUUGUUAGAGCCGCAAGGUGGACACGAUGCUUUUGUGCUUUAUCACCCUCACUGGUGAUCAGAAAUUUAAAAAAAAAAAACAAAACUGUGUGGUUCCUCUCAUCACCUCUGUGUAGAUGGGUAUUAUAAGCUAUUAGGGCAUUAGGGUUGGGUCCUGACUGGAGCAUAACUUUACUGGGCAAAGGCAUGAUUUUAAAAUGGAUCAUCGUUGCAUACCUAAAAAAAGAAAAGCCUCCAAGUCAGGCAUGUCCGAGUAAAAUCGAGUGCUUUAAAGUACUGAACUCAGUUACACUAAACUACUGUGUUUUCUCUUGGUCUGAACUGGACAUACUGGAGGUGAUGUGCGGUCUACCUAAUUUUAAAUGAGCUCACUGGUCAGGUGAAGGGCUUCCUGACAGGGUUCUUGACUUGUAUCAUAUACCAACUGCUGUACAUCUCCUUUUUAUUUCCACUUAUUUAUCAGGUUUCCGACUGUGUGUGUGUGUGUGUGUGUGUGUGUGUGUGUGUGUGCGCGUGAGAGUCUGCGGGUUAGUGUAGUUAAUUUGUUAUGUCUUUAAUAAGUGUACUGAUGUAUUUAAGAGCCACUGUGCAACCCACAGAGGUUUCAGAUUCUUCCAAGAGCAUCUUGAACAGCUGUAAUUUCAUUCUAGUGUUGCAGACAGGCCGACUACACACAGAUGGCCCCUCGGGCCUCGAUCCCAUACACUUCCAGCCGGAUUAUGAAACACUCCCAGAAAUCUGCUGUGAAAAUGUUCCUAUUGCUCGAAGAGUUACAUCAGCUCCCAGACCGGGGGUUGAAGAAGAAAUGAUCUCUUCGGUUGGAGAUGGAUGUGAAUCUUUAACUGCUAAAUUGUGGCCGGUCUCCUGAAGCAGGAUUACAGAGUUUCUGGAUACAUUUGCAAAGUAGAACCCAGAACAGCCUUUUUUUACUUAAGUACGGGUUCUGGGUUUUACUUGGCAAAGUCAGUAAGACCUGACCAAGCUGAAUGGAGACUUUGCCUCAACCUUCAACCGUGAUUGUUUGUUUGUCCCUUUUUUACAUGAAGACAAAAACUGCAAGUUGCACUACUACUGUUAUUCGGUUUGUUGUCCUGAUUAAACCUCAAACACUGGAA